AUGACAUGGAACUUUGCAUUGCAGUCUAUUGACCAUAUAAUCAACUCGUGUGCCAAGACACUGUACAUGUCUGGGGGGAAAGUUAGUUGCCCUAUUGUAUUUAGAGGGCCUAAUGGAUUCAAUCCUGGAUAUGCAGCUCAACACACACAAGACUUCUGCAGCUACUAUGGUGCAGUCCCCGGUCUUAAGGUUGUCGCUCCCUUCACAGCAAAGGAUCAUAAAGGAUUACUGAAAUCGGCGAUCCGAGAUAACAAUCCAGUGGUAUUUUUGGAAAAUGAGACGCUUUACGAUGAUACAUAUAAGGACAUAGAACAGGGAUACAUGCAAUCACUAGAUAAAGCUGUGAUCGAAGUAGAAGGGUGCGACGUCACUCUUGUAGGAAUUUCACUUUCAGUAAAGACAUGUCUGGAGGCUGCUAAGGCACUGAAAGAUCUAGGGAUUUCUUGUGAAGUUAUCAACCUCGUGUCGAUCAAGCCCAUAGAUAAACAAACAUUAUUGACCUCUGCCAAGAAGACAAAGCAUGUGUUUGUAAUUGAUUUUGCAUGGCCAUCGUUCAGUGUUGCUUCCGAGAUUUCUGCAAUAAUACACGAGAACUGCUUUAAAGAUUUGAUGGCUUCUGUUCAAAGAAUAAACGCAAAAGACAUUCCUACUCCCUACUCAGAGAAAAUAGAAGCAAUGGCGUUUCCAACAUGUACAGAUGUCAUUGAUUCGGUGGUUGAAGUCUAUAAAAGCACCUCCAAAGAUAAUAAAUUAGGUCUUUAA